UUACUUUAUGUGGCUACAUCUAGACAGCUGAAACGUAUUGAAUCAGUUUCUCGGUCCCCCAUCUACUCCCAUUUCCAGGAGAGUAUACAAGGUGCUUCAACCAUUAGAGCUUAUGGGAAGUGUGAAGAGUUCAUUACAGAAUCAGAAAAGAGAGUGGACUUCAACCAAGUCUCUUAUUACCCAAGUGUCAUGGUCAAUCGGUGGCUGGCUGUUCGACUGGAAUUCAUUGGAAAUAUUAUGACUUUCUCUGCUGCCUUGUUUGCAGUGAUGAGCAGAGGUACAAUCAGCGGAGGAAUAGUUGGCCUAUCAGUCAGCUAUGCUUUGUCGGUGACCCAAGCUCUUAACUGGCUUGUUCGAAUGACGUCAGAUGUUGAAACAAACAUUGUGGCAGUCGAGCGCAUCAAGGAAUAUACUGAAACAGAGCAAGAGGCUCCUUGGGAAAUCCAAGGCAAUAAGCCUCACAAGGAGUGGCCUGAUGAAGGAGUGGUGGAGUUCAGCAAGUAUUCCACUAGAUACCGUGAAGGACUUGAGCUUGUAAUCCGGGACAUUGACUGCAAAAUAAGAGGAGGGGAAAAGGUUGGCAUUGUGGGUAGGACAGGUGCAGGAAAAUCUUCAAUGACCCUUGCACUGUUCCGCAUCAUAGAAGCAGCCUCGGGUCAUAUAAGUAUUGAUAAUGUGAACAUCUCCAAGAUUGGGCUACAUGAUCUACGUGAACGACUAACUAUAAUUCCACAGGACCCAGUUUUGUUUAGUGGUAAACUGCGUAUGAACUUGGAUCCCUUCAAUAAAUAUGAUGAUGCGAAAAUAUGGUCAGCUUUGGAACAUGCCCAUCUGAAGGAGUUUGUGUCAGGUCUUACAUCUGGUCUGCAGUAUGAAAUAGCUGAGGGAGGAGAAAAUUUGAGCGUUGGCCAGAGGCAGCUAGUUUGUUUAGCCCGAGCACUCCUUCGCAAAACUCGGGUCUUGAUCCUGGAUGAAGCUACUGCAGCAGUGGACCUGGAGACUGACGACCUCAUUCAGCAAACAAUACGAAAAGAAUUUGCAGACUGUACAAUAAUAACUAUAGCUCACAGACUUAACACAAUCAUGGAUUCCUCAAGAGUUAUUGUUCUAGACAAAGGUGAAAUAAAAGAAUUUGAUACUCCUACAACACUUUUGAAGAACAAGAAUUCUAUCUUCUAUGGUAUGGCAAAGGAUGCUGGCCUAGCAUAAGAAAAAAAUGGCAGUGGUAGGAAUGUUACCAAGAAUUAUAGAUAUGUCUAAGAAGUGGCUGUGUGAUGAAGCAUAGAGGAUUAAUUUUCUCCUCCAGUAUGUAGUUCCUGUGUCUUGUAAUUGAUUUUUAACGUACAUUUUCUUGUACCCAUUUUCUACAUUUUCAUAUUAAACAUGAAAAGUAAAAAUGCAGAGUGUUAGAGUGUCCUUAAUAAUGUGCUGUAGGAUAUAUUAAGCUCUUUCACAUGUGUUUUUAUAGAGCUAAGGAAAUACAGGAGACUGUAAGUCAUGUCAUUGCCAGUGCCAAGUAUUCAUCCAUUUAGGUUUGACCUUAUUGGAUUUCCUAUAUUCUUUUCCUCUCAUGAAUGAUAUCUAUGUUUGUUUUCAGUUGUUUUCUUGUUUAGUUGCUAUGUUGUCCUUUUUUCUGGUUUACAUUUGAAGUGCAUUUGAAUAUGGUUUGCCUUCAUGAGAAUUUUUUUUUUCUUUCUUCAAUAGAAAUUAGACAGGCAU